AUGGACACAACCACCCCUGAUUGGCCCAGUCUUCCAGACCACCUUCUGGCCUCCAUCGCAGAACAGCUCCCCACGCGAAUUGAUAGGCUUUGUCUUCGCGCCGUCUGUAAUUCAUUUCGCUCCUCAAUUCCUCCACCGCUUAAACCUGCAUCUCCACAUGCGGACCUUAAAAUUACCCUUCCAGGCCUUCCACCCUUGGUUCUCGUCGAGUUCACUUUUUAUGCCAUCAAAUCCCUUCCCAGUAUCUCCAAUCCAAACCAAAUUAAGUAUACAUGGUUAGUCAAAAGCGAGGAAUUGCACAAUGGCAAAGUUCGAUUAGAGGAUCCGUUUUCUAGUCGUCGUCUUGGAAUCUGGGACGACUGGGUACCCGAGUCUGAAAAGUUACCCGAGUCUUUGAACUUGUUGGAUUAUCGGGUCAAGGAAGUAGCUAAAGCCUAUAGACUUGAAGUAUUUUAUCAAGGUAAAGAUAUUAAUAGAAGGAUUCCUUGUGUUUUCGGAAAGGCAGUUGUGUCUUCCGGCCAUGAUGCGAGUGAUGAUGGGUUCGCCGUUAUGACAAUAAUCCGAGGAAACGUGCUGAUGUGGAGAAAUGUAGACAAGAAAUGGGCUAUAAUAAACGUCGGUUAUGAGGAUCCUCUUGAUGUAAUUUAUCAUAAUGAAAAGUUCUUUGCUUUGAUGUCAACUGGUGUUACUGUGACUGUGGAUUCUAAGUCUAUUUCUGUUUCUCAAGUUGCUGGUCCACUGCAGAUUGAAGGUUUACGGAUUCGGUCGGACUUAAUAAAGUCCUUCCAGGAUUUGUUUUUGAUUAUUAAGAUAUCAGUUCAAUCUAUUCAAUCUUUCGAAUUCAAGGUUUAUAAGCUUGACGAAGAGAAACGUGAAUGGGUUGCGGUGAUGGAUGGACUGGAGGAUUCAGUGUUUUUUGUUGGGUAUGAUGGUUCAUUCACUCUUUCUGCCGAAGAGUUCCCAGGAUAUAAAGGGAAUUGUGUUUAUAUCAAUAGUGGUCCCUUUGAAGUUGAUCCAUGGUCAGUUUUUUGA